AUGUCGCAGCCUACGUCACCUACCGUCUCCGCCGGCACUCCUGUCGCCUGUGACACCGAGGAACGCCAGUUGGGGAUGGAGCAUAAUCCGAUGGAUGGACUCAUCUACACCGACAAUGAGACUCAGAGCAUUGGCGGCAACAGCAUCGGCUGCCCGCCGCCGGUCUCGCCGGUGGCCCAGACCAGCCCCUUCCUUUACCAGAUGAGCUCGUCGCAGCAGCCGGGCAUGAUGUACCCGUCCACUGAAGCCGUCAUGCCUCCUGCCGGUCAUCACCAAAUGAUGUGGUUCAACCCGGCGGCAAUGGGGUACACAAACACGAGCCACGGUUUCGAUCCUCGUGAGGGCUACCCCGUCGUCUAUCCCUACGUCCCAAUGCCCGUGCCGAUCGAAAAGAAGAAGCGUGGUUUCUGCUGCUGA